AUGGUCUCUACUGGUCUCCAUGAGGCGGGCAAGACAGCCGAGCUGUUGGUCUUUGGAGACCUCACGGCCAGCUUCGAGGAAGAACUUCGACAGUUACUCCAUGUUCGAGGAAACGAGGCCAUGACGUCCUUCUUUGAGCGCGUGGCCUUUAGCCUUCGACAGGAGCUCGGCCGGCUGCCCUCGGCUGUACAGAACAUGUUCACCCGCUUCACAACUCUCAUCGACUUGGUGGCGGGCUUUGGAGACAAGAUAGAGGGAGCACCGGUCAUGCAGUUCUGUCUCAUGACUGUCUGCCAGUUGGCCAAGUUUAUCCACUUUGCUACCGGGAGACCGUUUCCAUCCCCGGAAAACAGCUAUUUACUUGGCAUCUGCACCGGGUCCUUUGCUGCUUCUGCAAUUUGCGUCUCUCAGUCCAUACCCGAAGUUGUGGUUGCUGGCGUCGAGGCUACCAUUGCCGCUUUCCGAACAGCGCUUCGCUCAUUCCUACAAAGAGGCAUCAUCACUACGGCGGGAAACAGGCCCUGGUCUGCCGUGGUUUCUCGCGAUAAGCUUGUAGACAAGCUCAUCGAGAAGUUUACGGAAGACAAUAAGCCCUAUCAUAGCAAGCUAUCCAAUUUAUACAUAAGCGCUACCACACCCUUUACCGCUACCGUCAGCGGGCCGCCCGACGUGUUGAACGAUUUCCUUGCGCGAAAUAACCUCCCGCUACACCGACUGCCCAUCCACUCGCCGUUUCAUUCUUCCCACAUCUUCAAUGAGGCUGAUGCGGAAUCUGUGUUGACGGGCUUCCCCGAGGCUGAAUUCCAAGACUAUAAACCUCGAAUUCCCAUCUUUUCAGGCUCUACGGGAGAGCUGAUUCAAGCAACUGACUUCAAAGGUCUGUUGAGAACGGCCAGCACCGGUGUAUUACGAGAGGUGGUUCAAUGGGAAGGGAUUCUCGCCACUCUCUCUACGACUUUGGUCAAGCAGAAAGUGGGCAAAUGCAGCAUCUACCCAUUCUACCACAAUAGCACCUCGCUCUUGUCUUCAUACCUGGCGCAUGAGGCAAGCAUGGAGGUGGCCGUGCAGAACAUGAUGCGUCUUCCUGCGCAGCAACCCACGAGGCCGACAGGACGGCUUGACCAAACCAAGAUCGCCGUCAUCGGCUACUCCGGUCGGUUCCCCGAGGCCACGUCCAACGACGAGUUUUGGCAGCUGCUCCGCUCCGGUCGCGACGUGCAUCGCAACAUACCCGAGGAUCGGUUCAACUGGAAAACAUACCAUGAUCCAACGGGGAAGAAGAGAAAUACGAACAAAAUUCAGCAUGGGUGCUUCAUCAAUGAGCCUGGGUUAUUCGACACGCAGUUCUUCAACAUGUCGCCGCGCGAGGCAAACAGUACUGAUCCCGCACAAAGGCUAGCCAUCACGGCUACCUACGAAGCAAUGGAGAUGGCCGGCAUGGUGCCAAACAGGACUCCUUCGACCCAGCAGGACCGCAUCGGCGUCUUUUUCGGCGUCACUAGUGAUGACUGGAGAGAGGUCAAUAGCAGUCAGGACGUCGACACCUACUUCAUCCCCGGAGGGGUCAGGGCUUUCAUGCCAGGUCGGAUUAGUUACUUUUUCCGCUUUUCCGGUCCCAGUCUCAGCAUCGAUACGGCUUGCUCCUCCAGCUUCGCCGCCAUCCAGUCGGCCUGUGGAUAUUUGCUGAGAGGCGAGUGUGAUACUGCGAUUGCCGGCGGCACAAAUGUGCUCACCAACCCCGACAUCUUUACUGGUCUGGAUCGUGGUCAUUUUCUGGCGAAAACGGGUAACUGCAAUACUUUUGACGACGAGGCUUCUGGGUACUGCCGCGCCGAGGGGGUUGGCGCAGUCAUUCUCAAGCGUCUGGAAGAUGCCCUCGAGGAUAACGACCCAAUCUUCGGCGUCAUUGCUGGCUCCAACACCAACCACUGCGGCCAGACAGACUCGAUUACGCGACCGCAUGAAGGCGAUCAGGUAUCCGUCUUCAAACGCGUCCUGCGGUAUCAGGGUGUCGACCCCAACGAGAUCAGCUAUGUGGAAAUGCACGGCACGGGCACGCAGGCCGGCGACGCCACCGAGAUGCGCUCCGUGCUUUCCGUCUUUCUCCCCGACCAACAGCGCACCGCCAGCCAGCCGCUGUACCUCGGCUCAGCCAAGGCCAACGUCGGCCAUUCUGAGUCGGCAUCGGGCGUCGUGUCCCUGAUCAAGGCGUUGCUGAUGAUGAAGAACGAUGAGAUUCCGCCGCACUGCGGCAUCAAGACGCGCAUCAACAGAAACUACCCCACGGACCUCGCCCAGCGCAAUGUCCGCAUUGCCUUGGAGCCUACCCCUUGGCGGCGGGGAGAUUCCGCUGGCGGAACGAGAAGGAUGUUUUUGAACAACUUUAGCGCUGCUGGUGGCAACACCGCGAUCCUCCUGGAAGAUGCUCCGAAACUCCCGGAAAUUGUACACUCUGGAGGGGAAGGCGAACGUGGCACAUACCUGGUCGCGGUAUCGGCGAAAUCCGCAAAGUCUCUCGCUGCCAACACAGCGCGCUUGGUUUCGUUCCUCGAAGAGAAUCCCUCUUGCUCUCUUCCAGCACUUUCCUACACCACAACGGCCAGACGAAUCCAUCAUCGCUACAGGAUAGCUUGCUCCGGUGUUUCCAUUGCCGCUGUCCUGAAGGAGCUCAAGUUGCUGGCUCAGUCGCAGUCUCAAUCUCAAGCUCAAGCCCCAAGGCCAGGCCCGUCCAAAACAACAAAAGUCGUCUUCGUCUUCUCAGGGCAGGGGAACUUGUAUACGAGCCUAGGACGAGAGCUCUACGACACUCUUUCGAGUUUUCGCGAGGACAUGGUCCAGUUCAACAAUAUUGCGCAGCAGCAUGGCUUCCCGCCGUUUCUCUCUCUUAUUGAUGGUUCAGCCUCGAGCGUCGAGGGCGUUGACACGUGCGUGAGCCAUUUGGCGCUGGUAUGCUUUCAAAUGGCGCUCAGCCGGCUCUGGAAUGCAUGGAAUAUUCACCCGAGCAUGGUUAUGGGCCACAGUUUGGGCGAGUACGCAGCGCUCUUCGCAGCUGGCGUAAUCAGUGCGAGUGACACCAUCCUCUUGGUGGGCACAAGAGCGACGCUGUUGACGAGACACUGCCACCCUGGCACGCACGGCAUGAUGGCCAUCAAGGCAGGCGUUGACAGCGUCCUGCCGCUGCUGGCCGAGUCAUCUUGUGAGAUUACGUGCAUCAAUCAGCCGAGUGGGACUGUGGUUGGCGGAACGAAGGAGAGCCUAGACAAGCUCGCGGCCAAGGUGCAAUCACUGGGCUACCCAUCAAUACCGCUCGAUAUUCCCUUUUCUUUCCAUACCUCCCAGGUUGACCCGAUCCUUUCAGAAUUUCAGAAGGCUGCGCAGAAUGUCCAGUACUCCGUACCAAAAAUCCCGAUCCUGUCUCCGCUGCUCGGCCGCGUCAUCCAGGAUGAGCAGCCCUUUGACGGAGACUAUCUAGCCCGGGCGUGUCGCGGCGUGGUCAACUUUCAAGGGGCAUUGGAAGCAGCCAGAUUUGUCUCGCUCGUCGACGAGCACACCGUCUGGCUGGAGAUAGGCUCGCACCCGGCCUGCUCUGGCAUGGUUAAGGGAACACUGGGCUCCCAAUCCACUACUCUGGCGUCGGUCCGCAACUCCACGUCGCCAUGGACCACUAUGGUUUCUGCCCUCGAAGCCAUGUAUGUCAAGGGCCUGGAAAUUGACUGGAACAACUUUCAUCGGAGCUCCGGCGAGCCUCAUCAAGUCAUCCAACUGCCGCGCUACAGCUGGGACCUGAAGAACUACUGGAUCACCUACAAGAAUGACUGGCUGCUUACCAAGGGAGAGUGUUGUUCUGCAGCGCCUCAGGCUUUGCAGGGCACACCCAUGAAUAAAGUGCGAUAUAUUUCGCCUUCAGUGCAGCGCGUGCUGAAGGAAAGCCAUGCGACCGCGCAGUCUACCCUACUGGCCGAGUCCGAUUUGUUCGACAGCAGGCUGCUACCCGUUCUGAGCGGGCAUAAAGUGAACGGGGCGGCGCUGUGCCCAUCGAGUUUGUACGGUGACGUUGCACUGACAGUAGGAAAAGCCCUUGUUGAAGGAUGUGAUUCAGCGCACUUCACGGGCUUUGACGUUUGCGACGUCAAGGUCGAUCACCCUCUUAUUGCCCUUUUGUCGGAAAAGUCUCAUCUGUUCCGCGUCUCAGCCACGGCCGAUUGGGCUUCACAGCUCAUCUCGGUCUCCAUUUACAGCGUCGAUGAUGCGGGCAACACGACAGCGCACCAUGCCAAAGCCAAUGUCCGCUUGCUCACUGAUCGGGCCGUCUGGCUUGCCGAGUGGAAGCCCGUGGCUUACCUCAUCCGCGGUCGGAUUGCUUCUCUCGAACGGGGCGUCGACAGUGGUAAUAGCCAUAAGCUGAAGCGCUCCAUGGUUUACAAGCUCUUCACCUCCAUCGUGGACUAUGGCUCCGACUACCAGGGUAUGCAGGAGGUCAUCCUGGACAGUGAUGAGCUCGAAGCAACGGCAAAAGUGUCGUUCCGUGUGGAUCAUCAGGGAUUCGUCAUGAAUCCGCAUUGGAUCGACAGCUUGGGCCACUUGGCCGGGUUCAUCAUGAACGGGAAUGAACACACGCAAUCGGACAAGCAGGUCUUCAUCAACCACGGCUGGGGUCGCCUGCGGUUCGGCGAGACUCCUUGUCAUGGAAAGGUCUAUACCACAUACUCCAAGAUGCAGCUUGUAGAGGGCAAGCUCUAUGUCGGUGAUACCUAUGUUCUGGACGGGGAACGCAUUGUUGCCAUGUUUGAUCGAGUCUCCGUGAGUCUGCCAAGUGACCCAAUCGGAAGCACGUUUUCUAACAUUUCACAGUUUCAAGGAGUACCCCGCAAGGUCAUCGGCAUGCUUUUACCCAGUACGAAAGAAACGACCCCGGUGCCUGGCAUCAAGAGACACACGUCUCCUCCUGAAAAGACGUGGCCGGCCGCUGCUCCAGCACCAGCCCAAAGCCGCAUUCUGGCCCCAGUUGCCGCACACUCGUCGGGAGACCCAGACUUCCGUCGCGUCUUGACAAUCAUUGCGGAAGAGGUGGGAAUCACUCUAGCGGAGCUACAGCCUGACGCCCAGCUCGCCGAUCUUGGGAUCGACUCGUUGCUUUCACUGACGAUCUCCUCGCGCAUCAAUGACGAGAUGGGGUCGGAUUUGGCGCCGACGCUUUUCGUGGAACACCCGACCGUGAAAGACUUGCAGUUCUUCUUUGACACGGAUGGACGCAGUCAGAGAGACACGCCGGAGCUUGUCGACGACGCUUCGACAGACUCUAGUUUUGCUCCCAGCGAGGUUCCUCCCAACGACAAUGUCGCUGUCACGGCCAUGAUUCGUCAAGCGAUCGCCGACGAAACGGGGCUAUCGAUCGACGAGCUUGAGUCUACCGCCUGUCUGGCGGAUCUUGGCGUGGAUUCGCUUCUCAGCCUCACCAUUGCAGACUCCCUCACGGAGGCUCUUGGUGCCGAAGUGUCCAGCAGCCUGUUGCUGGAGAGCAAGACUCUGAAGGACUUGGAGGCCAGGCUGGGCAAAGUACUGGGCCGCAACACCGCCGAGCUCUUUGGUAGAAGCGACGUUGGCGCGCUUACACCCCCAGCAUCCUUCGUUCCUCCCGCAAAGGCGGCGGUGGACCAGAUUGUCUCCAGCCCGCCGCACGCGACCUCCAUCAUUCUUCAGCGCGCCACCACCCCCGUCGCGAGCCGCGUCCUGUUUCUGCUCCCCGACGGGUCUGGAUCAGCCGCUUCCUACGCCUUGAUUGCCAAGCUGGAGCCGAGCGUGAAAGUCUACGGACUGAACUGCCCGUGGCGGACAACGCCGGAGGAGAUGACCCGGCUGGGGGUGACGACGACCCAGGUUGUAGCCAAGUUUGUGGCUGAGAUCCGCCGGCUCCAACCGCAUGGCCCCUACUACCUCGGCGGGUGGUCCGCCGGCGGCAUCUUUGCCUUUGAGGCGACGCGAGAGCUCAUGGCGGCAGGCGAGGUCGUCGAGAAGCUUCUGCUGCUGGACGCGCCGAACCCGAUCGGUCUCGAGAACCCGCCGCCAAAGAUGUUUGACUUUUUCCAGAGCGCCGGCGUAUUUGGCAAGAUGACGGGCGGCAAGACGGUGCCAAAGUGGCUGCGCUACCACUUUGACGCCGUCGUCAUCAUGCUGGAUGGCUACGCUCCGAGACCGCUACCCAACGCACCGCCGACGCUGGUCAUUUACGCGCGAGAUGGUAUAUGCAAGGGCCCGGAUGCGCCACAGAUGGAGACGACGCCGGAUGACGCGCGUGAGAUGCUCUGGCUGCUGCACGACCGGACCGACUUUUCUGCCGCCGGCUGGGUGACGCUGCUUGGGCACGGUCGGACCAGUGUGCAUGUGCUGAGUGAUGUGAAUCAUUUUACGAUGAUGGACGAGGGGCCGCAUAUGGAGGAGAUGCGUGGCUAUGUUCGAAAGGAAAUUUUGGAUUUAUAA